GGUGAAGAAAUACUGUCCUAAACGUUCAUCCAAAGACGAAGAGCCCAGGUUUACCUCAUGUAUAGCCUUUUAUAAUAUUCUUAAUGAAUUAAAUGACUACGCAGGACAACGUGAAGUAGUAGCAGAAGAACUGGGACAUAGGGUAUAUGGAGAACUGAUGAGAUAUUCCCACGAACUCAAAACAGAAAGGAAACUGCACCUUCAAGAGGGCCGAAAAGCACAACAGUAUCUUGACAUGUGUUGGAAGCAGAUGGAUAAUAGCAAAAAGAAAUUUGAAAGAGAGUGCAAAGAAGCAGAAAAGGCACAGCAAUGUUAUGAGAGACUGGACAAUGAUACCAACGCCACUAAAGCAGAUGUUGAAAAAGCAAAGCAGCAACUAAACCUGCGUACACAUAUGGCUGAUGAAAAUAAAAAUGAAUAUGCUGCACAGCUCCAAAAUUUCAAUGGUGAACAGCACAAGCAUUUCUAUAUUGUCAUUCCUCAAAUAUAUAAGCACCUUCAAGAAAUGGAUGAACGACGAACCAUCAAACUUAGUGAAUGUUAUAAAGGAUUUGCAGAUUCUGAGCGGAAAGUUAUUCCAAUAAUCUCAAAAUGUUUAGAAGGAAUGAUUGCUGCAGCCAAAUCAGUUGAUGAUCGCAGGGAUUCUCAAAUAGUAAUAGACUCCUUUAAGUCUGGCUUUGAACCUCCUGGAGAUUUUCCAUUUGAAGAUUACAGUCAACACAUUUAUAGGACUGUUUCUGAUGGAACAAUUAGUACCCCGAAACAGGAAGGAAUGAAAAUCGAUGCAAAAACCACUGUGGGCAAAACUAAGGGCAAACUCUGGCUCUUUGGAAAGAAACCAAAGGGUCCUUCCCAAGAAGAUUUCAGUCACUUGCCACCAGAACAAAGGCGGAAAAAACUUCAGCAGCGGAUUGAUGAGCUUAACAGAGAACUACAGAAAGAGACAGAUCAAAAAGAUGCCCUCAUCAAAAUGAAAGAUGUGUAUGAGAAAAAUCCACAAAUGGGCGAUCCAGGAAGUCUUCAGCCAAAAUUAAUGGAAACUAUGAACAACAUGGACCGUCUGCGAAUGGAAAUCCACAAGAAUGAGGCAUGGCUUUCUGAAGUUGAAGGUAAAGUAGCAACAAGAGGAGACCGAAGGCACAGCAGUGACAUCAACCAUCUCGUAACCCAAGGAAGAGAGAGUCCUGAGGGGAGCUACACCGAUGAUGCAAACCAAGAAGUUCGAAGCCCACCCCAACAGCACGGCCCCCAUAAUGAAUUUGAUGAUGAGUUUGAAGAUGACGAUCCUUUGCCAGCUAUAGGACAUUGUAAAGCUAUCUAUCCGUUUGAUGGUCACAAUGAAGGUACCCUUGCCAUGAAAGAGGGGGAGGUUUUGUAUAUUAUAGAGGAAGACAAAGGGGAUGGAUGGACAAGAGCUCGGAGGCAGAAUGGAGAAGAAGGAUAUGUGCCAACUACCUACAUAGAUGUAACUCUAGAAAAAAACAGUAAAGGUUCCUGAAGCGGGUAUCUGAGAAAAUGGGCGAGAUGUUGAAGGAGGUUACAUGCAGCUGCUUUUUUGGGGGAGGGUGUUAGGCCCCAGCAAGAUGGGGGAAAAGUCAGUUGCAUGAAAGCAUGUAGGCAUAUGUUUCUCACUAACAACGUUAGCAUUUCUCUGUGUGUUCAAAAUUGUGGUAAGCUAAAGCUCCAUUCCAACAGAACCAAACCACCCCAGUUUGAAAACGUACCUUUUCCAUAGUUUGAAGUUCUGAAAUGCUAGCUGUUUUACCACUUGCAUUUUAUAUUGGCUGUUUCAGCUGCUUCCUUUUCCAUAUCCAUUUUUAAGUCAGCAUUCAGUCAAAAAUCUUUUGUCAUUGACAGUCUUCUGCCUGUGCCACUUCCAUGCUCGCCCUAACCUUUUCCUGCAUGUCUAGAUACGUGUCGGGCAUGUUCGCCUAAUGUUUUGUACUUCCAUAGCUCUUCCUCGUCUCCUGCAUUUGUAGCAACCUCCAGCACUAAAUUUUUUUUAUUUCCCUACCCAUUUAUGUUGCUGUAAUUUGUUUUUUUUUUUUUUUUUUUAAUCUUCUUCAUUGUGACCAUUCCAGUUCUUUGGCGUUACACCGGCUGUAUAAGUAACAUUCAUUCUGCUUUGGGAAUAGAAUAUACAUCUCAGCACUAGGCCAUUCCAGCCUAUCCUCAGCACCUCAAUACUUUCUCAUGAGCACUGAAAAUCCUAGAAUACAAAGAGCACAGAUUUGCCGCUGUAAGACAACCAACUCUUUUCAGAAAUCAAGUGCUUGUCAUUCAGAUGCUGCCUUAAACUCUCCGAGUGCCUAAAUCUGUUGAUUGCCAACAAUACCACUUCAGUAUCCCGCCAAGGGCUAUUGGGUCUCAGCUCUGUAUGACCUCCUGAAUCUUUCUACAGUUCUGCAGCUGUUGGUAGCCAGUGGUAGUUGUUUUCUCGAUCUCUACCAUUGCACAACCCAAGGUGCAUUGUGAACGUGACACAUUGAAAACAAAAGUACACGUAUCGAUUUUGUUUUACGUCCGAUGAAUGUUUUUUAAAUAGGAUUUUUAUGGAGCCUUUUUUUAAUUGCCUAUUUUUUUGAGUUGGGGAUGGGAGAAGACACCAGUUUUUAACGAACUGCAGUGCUUGUCUAUUUCCAAGUAUGCUUUAUUGUAAGGACCAGUUAAAAAUUGGAGUGAUACUUUGUUAAUUAUCUAUGUGCACUUUUAUUUGUAAACAUUGCGAUUUGGACACAUUUAUACAUGUAAAUAUAGUUGUCUGCAGCACCCCGUCAUUGCUCAUGUUAUUUGUCUGCCAUUUGUGAAUUAUGUUAAUGAAAACGUCAAAUCUAAGCAAAAUAGGGGUAAUCUUAGUAUAUGGGAAGGGAUGGGAGGGACAAAGAAAAAGUUAAAUUAAGCUUCAUAAACCAGCUUUCUGCUGUAUUUAAAAUCCUGCUUUUCUAAAGGUGGGAAUCAAAGCAAUAUUUGGACACAGCAAUGCUGGAUUCCUUUAGAACUUUUUUUUCAGUGUUACUAGCAGUUGUACUAUCAGUAAAACUAAAUCUAUGUGACUCUUGUGUGGAAAUUUCUUCCUUUUACUAUUAAGUGUGCCACUAUUACACAUAUGAUUUAGUGUAAUUUACAUUUGAGGGUGAUAAAACACUAAAGGUUAGAGUUUUGGGAUAUUGUAAACAGGGUUAUUUAUAAUAAUGUGACCGUAUGCCAUUACUGACCAAAUUACAUGGAAUAGUUGUUUAAUGCUGGCUUUUUAUUUUAAAGUUCCAAAUAAAAGACAAUGAUUAGGUUCUCACUCUUUCAGCCAAGAACCCUAUGGAUUUUACUUAACAGCCAGUUUGAGCUGCUUUUAACACUUCUAGUAAAGGACUAAUAGUUCUUUUGUGCUACUGUUUUUGUAGGGCCGGAUUGGUUUCCUCAGGAGGAUUUUUUUCUUCCUGUGGUAUAAAGCAACCUUUAUGAGGGUAGUUAAAUGUAAGGGGAGGAAAAAAUCUUUGUACUUGCACAGUUGGCUAAAAUUAUUUUGAAAUGUUGAGAAUUAAUUGUCUUGAGUCAUAACUUUUCAGUAAUUUUUAAUCUUUCGUGCACGUGUUGAUUUUUUUAAAUGUUUAAAUGCCUUGUUAAAUAAUAGUCGUUCUCUUCAAAAUAUUUUCAUGGAAUUAAACAAUCUUUUCAUGGCCCGGA